AUGAGUCUCCUGGAGGCCAUCCCAGGGCCCCAGCAAAUCCUGAAAACCAUAACAGGCUCGUUGAGCCUUUCAAGUCUCUCAAAUACCGAUGCUACUACUUUAGGCAGUACUUUUGACCAAUGUGGAAAGUUUGAGGUGAGCUGUCGGACCAGCUACCGUGGCCAGGAUAGAUGCUGUUUCAAUUACCCUGGAGGGCAGAUGCUCCAGACACAAUUCUGGGAUGCUGAUCCAGCUAUUGGUCCCGAGAGCUCCUGGACUAUUCAUGGGCUUUGGCCGGAUCACUGUAACGGUGGCUUCGAUCAGUUUUGCGACUCGCGCAGACGGUACAGCAAUAUCUCUCUGAUUCUUGUUGAUGCGGGUCGAAGAGACCUUCUCGACCAAAUGAGUACCUAUUGGAAAGACUACAAAGGCGACGACCCCAACCUCUGGGAACAUGAAUGGAAUAAACACGGCACUUGCGUUAGCACACUAGAAACACACUGCUACUCCGACUACUACCCUCAACAAGAAGUUGUUGACUACUUUGACAAGACAGUUGAGCUGUUUCAUGACCUUCCCACCUUCGAGACACUCUCGAACGCCGGCAUAGUUCCUUCAUACGACCAGACAUACACCCGCAGCGAGAUAGAGGAUGCAUUAUCCAAAGCUCACGGCGCAACUGUUACAGUCCGAUGCCGCUCCCACCGGCUCCAGGAAGUCUGGUACUUUUUCAAUGUCGAGGGGCCCCUGCAGACGGGAAGAUUCGUCCCUUCAGAGCCAGACGGCCAAACAUCCAACUGCCCGAGCACCGGCAUUUUCUACCAGCCGAAAACGCCCAACAAGAAUCCCGACCACAAGCCCACUGCAACCCGACAUCCCCAUGAGCCAACAGGAACAGUCACGCCUUUCAUCGGCAGAGGAAACCUAGUCGUCUCCUCCAUGGGCCAUCAGCGCGGUUGCAUAAUCGGGCGCGGUACCUGGUAUUCUUCGGGCACAUGCGCCACAUUCAAGGGCAAGAAGAUCUCAGAUGACACAUUCACAUUGGAAACCCGCAGAGGCGGUUGCGCCUUCCAAGAUGACGUCUUCACUUGCGGUUCCCAUGUUUCAACUCCAGUAGAAUUCAGCAUUGAAGACGGAAAACUCUCUUUCCAAGGGAACACGACUUUUUACGCCGACAAGGCACCCAAGGGCAAUGUUCAGAGUGAUAUUUUUGCUUCUGAGGAAGACCACCCGAUUGAACUGUCGAUAGGGUGGAGAAGUGCCCAUUAG